ACCAGGUCCUCGCCAUGCGCCUCUCGAAGCAGGACAGCCCCGGACCCGCCGCGCGCGCCAUGGAACCGGAUGGCCCCAGGCCCACUCCGCGCGCCUUCGAGCAGGAGGGCAGCUGGAACAUAUCGUUCGGGGGCUCGGGCUUCUUGGGGCUCUACUACGUGGGGGUGCACCAGUGCCUGAGGGAGCGCGCCCCGCAGCUGCUCAAGGGAGUCAACCGCAUCUAUGGCGCGUCCUCAGGGGCGCUCGGGGCCUUGGGGGUCGUCUUAGACAAGUCCGCUGAUUUUUCCUGCUGGCAGGUCAUGGAAGGUUUGAAGAGGCUGGAGGAGACAGUCCUGAACAGCUUUCAUCCCUCCUUCUGGCCCUUGGAGUACGUCCAGGAAAGACUGGAGGAGUUCCUGCCCCCCGACGUGCAUGUGGUAGCGUCGAAGCACCUGGGGAUCUGCGUCACCCGCUUCCCCGAUGGCCAGAGCUGCGUCAUCACCGACUUUGCCUCCAAGGAGGAAGUCAUACAGGCCGUGAUUUGUAGCUUGUUCCUUCCCUUCUACUGUGGGGUGAUUCCCCCUAAAUUCAGGGGGCAGUACUAUAUCGAUGGAGCCUUAACCGUCAGCCUGCCCUUUGCGGAGUGCCCCCGUACCAUCACUGUGACCCCCUUCCAUGUGACCGCGGACAUUUGCCCGCAGAGCGCCUCACCCAACUUCCACGAGAUCAUCAGCUGCAAAACCUCCUUCCAGUUAUCCACCUUCAAUUUGCACCAAGGAAUCUGCUCCCUCCUGCCCCCCAAACUCGAGGUGUUGGCAGACAACGGCAGGCAGGGCUACCUGGAUGCCCUCCGGUUCCUGGAGAGACGGGGACUCACCACGGAGCCAGUGCUGCGGACCCUGGUGAGCGGGGCUCCCCCUGCUGCAGCCAAGGGGCACCUGGCUGCAAGAGACACCCAAGACUCGAAGAGCGGCCUGAACUUGAACUGGGAGGUGCCCUUCGUGCGGGCAGAGGACAUUCCUGAUUUUGGGGCUGUGUCCCCAGAGCUGGAGGCCGCCCUGCAGAAAAACCUCCUGAGAGACCCCCGGCCCUUGGCCCGCUUCCGCCGCUCCUUGCCGGGUCGCACCCUGAUGUGUCUGUUGCUGCCCUACACGGUUCCCUUACAGACCUUCUACUACCGAGGCAAAAGGCUGAUACAGUGGCUGCCAGAUCUCCCUGCCGACCUUUACUGGAUGCAGGGCCAGGCCUGGAGUGCGGCCACCCAGCUCUAUGCCCGGACAAAGGAGCAGCUGCUGAGGCCAGCCAGCACAGCUCCAGCCCAGUGACGGCCUCACCGGCUCCCUGUCAGGCCCACUUGGCCCAAUACCUCGGACAGCGCCUCCCCCUCUCCAUCGUGCACUGAACCUGUGGCAGGUGACCCCUCAGGGUGUCCCGAGCUGGAGGCUUCUCUCUCAGAAGUGGAUCGACCCAUGAGAUUCAUCACGGUUACUGUGCCUGUCUGAGGAGCAAACCACUCAGCUGCCGCUUGGGGUACACAAGAUGAUGGGGUGGGAACUCCCCUCAGAUUUUUUUCCUGGGUUCUGCACUAGCUCUCAGGGACAUUGUCACCCUACUCUCUCGUCUCCUCUUGGGUUAGGCCAGAGAUUAGGACGAGGGUGGCUGUGGGAGAAGAGAAGGUUUGGAACCUCAGAACCCCAACAGCCUGUGAUUCUGUUGGGGUGCCCCCAAGUGACACCUACAGCCCCAUCCCUCUCAGCCUCACCAUCCACAGAUCCAGAGGGGGGGCUGCUGGGGAGGUGCUGAAAUUCCUGUUCUUAAAUCUGAGUCCCCUCACUGAACCCCAGAAGACCCUUGGGAGACCCUUAACCAAGACAGGGUUGAGGCAGGGGUGGUGAUGAGGCGGGAAAGCUGGGAGGGUGCCCCGGAGACAAAGGGGUCCUGAAAAUAAAAGCGUGAGCCAGCGGCA